AUGUCUCAACAGCCAACAAUUGGAGAGACAAUACCCUUUCCCUAUUUGUUAGCCAUUCCAAACGUUUACUAUUGGAAAAAGGCUUUUAAUCACAUUGUAGGAACCUUGUACAUAGCCUUUGAUUUCUUGUAUUUUGAAGGAAGGGAAGCAACAAUCAAUCCAAUGAUUAAAGUUUCAUCAUCAAGUGGAUCAUCACUCAAGAAUUGGUCAACAUCAAUUAUCGGAUCAUCAUCAAGUAAUAAUUCAUCAAAUAGUGAAGAAAGUACAACAGCAACAGAAGAGAAUUCAAAAGUCUUGUCGGAUAAGGAUAAGGAUUUGUCAAUUGUUGUUCUAUAUGAACAUGUCGGCUCGAUUGUAAGGGAGAAUUACUUGUUGAAACCAUGUCUAUGUAUUAAAACGAAUAGAGAAGAAGCCGAAAAGCAUUACUUUUAUGGAUUGGAGAGUAUUGCAAACACCAUUUCGAUUAUUGAGCAUGCAAGUUAUCUGUCAUUAACAUCUCAAUUGGCUUGUAAAUUAAUUGCUAUCAAACAAGAUAGACCAGAAGUGAAAUCUCAUACUCAAUCUAAAAGGAAAGAGAAAUUAAAGACUCCAAUUAUUGGAGAAAUGUCAGUUAAGGAUAGAAUAGAACACGAGAAAGAUCAAAUGAUUAGACUAGCAAAAAAGACAAAGGAAGUUAAUAUAGAUACUCUUAAUGAAUUGAAUUAUCAAACGAAAGAAUUGAAAGAGACAAAGGAGAAUUAUUUGGAGCCAAUCAAGGCAUAUAACUCACUUGGAAGUCGAUUACUGACUGGAAUGUCUUGGGGAGGUUUUGCUAAAAACUUAUGGAGUUAUUCCAAGUGGAAAAAGAUUGAAAAGGAAGCUCUCAUAUUUAGGGAUGAUAUUCAAAGGGAGAGGAGUUUGGACUUUAAUUCAUUAUCUUUUGAGGUACUGGUGAGAAAUUCAGACGAGAAGCAUUAUGAAUCAUUUAUUGCUGUGAUUGGACCUAAGACUAUCGAUUUGAUUCGAGACAAACAAACACGUGUGAUAUUGAGGCAAUUUGAUUACAAGAGCUUGAAUGGAAUGAAAAUUUUUAAUCCAUUUUUAUUCGAAAUGAGCGUUAUGCAAUUGGAUGUAGAUAUAGUUGUGCUAUCAGUAUUCUCACCUUUUAUAGUGGAACAAAUCAGAAAUACCAAUAGAGCACUAAUCAUAGAGGAUGAUAAUCAAUUGCUUUGCUCUAGCAGAUACGAUCCAUUCAAAUUCUACUCAAAAGAUUCUACUCAACUUGUAAAUAUUUCAGCCAGGACCAUCCAAAAGUACAACCCAAAGACUGUCGGAGAUAAAUUGGAAAGUGAUAAGGAAGCAAAGCUAGAUUACUUGUACGAUAUUGUUACAGAUAUUAAGGAUAUUUCUGAAGUGACAGGUCAAGUCAUUACAGAUUCGAGUGAAUUUUUGGAAGAUUUCAUAUCAGAGGUUGAUGAUGCUGAUCAACAUGUGAGAGCAAACAUUAGAGCAAUCAAUAGAAAGUUGUAAUUGUUU